AUGGCUACUCUUGUUAAGCAGGCAUUGAAAUUUCCAUCAAGUUCAGCUAACUAUCUAGAGUUCUGGAGAUUUACCAACCUAAGAUUUUACUGUAACUACGCGUUGAAAAAAACAGAGGUUUCUUCAAUUCCAUCUAUCUGUAGAACAUCACAUCACAAUGUACACACUCAUAAAUUCAAUGGACCAACUAAGCAUUAUUUCAGACUUUUCCCCGUCUGUAAAAACUCUUCUGCACUCAGUUCUCUCAUUACACCUCCUGUUUUGUACAACACAAUGUUUGUUCGAUUUAAGAAAGUUCACCCACGUAUUUCGGCUCACCAGUUUCAACAGAAGAAUAAAACAGUCAUGAUUUACAUAACGUCAAUAGCGGUUCUUAUAGUUGGACUUUCCUAUGCAGCUGUUCCACUUUAUACUUUAUUCUGUCAGGCAACUGGAUUAGGUGGUCAAGCGACAAUAGGUCAUGAUACUGAGAAAGUUGAAACAAUGGAAAAAGUAGCUACUAGACAAAUACUGAUAAAAUUUAAUGCAGAUUUAGCAUCCAGUAUGAGAUGGAAUUUCAAACCACAGAUGGGUGAAGUCAGGGUGCAUCCUGGUGAAACAGCAUUAGCUUUUUAUAAAGCUAAAAAUCCAACAGAUAAACCUAUCAUUGGUAUUGCCACUUACAAUAUACUACCAUUUGAAGCUGGUCAAUAUUUUAAUAAAAUACAGUGUUUUUGUUUUGAAGAACAAAUACUUAAUCCACAUGAAGAGGUAGAUAUGCCAGUGUUUUUUUAUAUUGAUCCAGACUUUGCUGAAGAUCCAAAGAUGUUGAACAUUGAUACUUUGACUUUAUCUUACACAUUUUUUGAAGCCAAAGAAGGACUUGAAUUACCACAACCUUUUACAAAUCAAAAUAUCCAGAUGCGAUAGGAGAGAAU